GGGCUGGCAGGCCGUCCCCUGCCCGGCCUCCCCUUUUACGUUGAGGCCUCCAGUCCCGAGGCCCGCACCCGAGGCGGGAGCCCCACCUGGCGGGUUCCCCCGGCCCCACCCGGCCUGAGCCCCGCUCUAACUCUGCUAGACCCAGAACUUGAGGCUUGAGGUGCUUCCCUAAGUCUAGCCGAGGAAAAAGCUAUGCAGGAACAAACUCGGUCCUGCCCAGCGUCCGUUGGUAAAGCCCUGGGAAAUCCACUGCCGUAGCUUUUGUUCUGGAACCGUGAUAACGCAACUAUUAUUCGGUCAUCUCAGAAAAUGAGGACAUUUGUUCCUUUUCAGGACAUUUGUCCCCUGCCUCCACUGUUCUUAACAAAGACACUACUGCAUUUGAAGAUCUUUGAGCAAAACAGACAGAUUUAAUUUAGUUGAGUGAAAUCAAGCCGGGUAACCAUGGCUGAAGGUGGAUUUGAUCCCUGUGAAUGCAUUUGCUCUCAUGAACAUGCGAUGAGAAGACUGAUCAAUCUGCUCCGGCAGUCGCAGUCCUAUUGCACAGACACAGAAUGCCUCCGGGAGUUGCCAGGACCCUCCACUGACAACGGCAUCAGUAUUACCGUGAUCCUGAUGGCCUGGAUGGUGAUUGCAGUGCUCUUGUUCUUACUGAGGCCUCCUAAUCUUAGAGGCUCCAGCCUCCCUGGAAAGCCCUCCAGUCCUCACAGUGGACAGGAUCCACCAGCUCCUCCUGUGGAUUAAUGUUAUGAUGUGGGAAGCAGAGAUUGUUUAACACCUUGCACGACCAAAUGACUGAAGAUGACCAGAGUACUACUCCUAACCAUUUUUCCUUUUCCAUCUGCAAUUUGGGAUGAUAUUGUUUUCAUGAGCUUCUAGAAAUUUCACUUGCAAACUGACUUUUGCUUCCUGUGUUGCCACAGUUCUUAUUUACAGUAUACCUGAGUAAAUGAUUCUAUUGAAAAGUUCACGGGGCUUUGUUGGUUGGCCUAAGCUAAAACAUUCCACUGGUUCUCCUGGGAACUGUGAUCAUAAUGUCUGUGGUGGUUUCUGGCCCAACUGAAGGAAAAUUGACAUUUCUGCAUUUAAGUAUUUUAAGUGGUUUUGAUAGAUUUUAAUUCUUUUCAUAAGGUAUUUAUUUGGGGUUGUCUGAUAUGAGUGGCAGAGCCUCACUGUAGUUACUUUACCUUGGCAGUUUAUUUGUGGGUAGCAGUUUUCUGUAGUCCUUGGGACAGUGAAACUUCAGAACAUUCUCCUUCCAGCCUCUAGAUGAAAUCUGCCUGGCUUCGGCUGGCUUAUGUGGCUAGAAUAGGAAAAAUGAAUUGAUUAUUUACUGAUUUUUUUUUUAAUUCCCAUUGAAAAAUUUCUGAUGUUAAGAAUACUUUAAAUAAACAUGAUUGAUUAAUAUAGUGGUUGGUUUAGAAUCCGUUGUGUGUCAUUGAAAGCCACUGUACACUAGCCUUACACAGCUCAUGAAAGGAGAGUCAAUGCUUUCUGCCUUUGCCAGGUACAGUCUAUCCCAUACUAACUUGAGCUGUAUUUGUUUUUGAAGUGUGUGCCUCUCAGCAAGCUGCUCUUUCAUGCGAACGCUUCCCUGUUAAAAUGAAGUCAUCUUUCUUCUGUGUGUGUGGGCUGACAUUUUAAUACCCAUUUACCUUUUUGUUGUUGUUGUUGUUAUUGUUUUUGUUUUGUUUUGUUUUGUUUUGUUUUGUUUUGAGACAGGGUUUCUCCAUGUGUAGCCUUGGCAGUCCUGGACUCACAUUAUAGACCAGGCUGGCCUUGAACUCACAGUAAUCUGCCUGCCUCUGCCUCUCUGAGAAUUGGGGUUACAGACAUGCACCACCACACCUGGCUCCAUUUAAUUACUUUUAAAACCUUUUCCAUUUUCUUUUCUUUUUUAAUUUGUUUGAGUCCUUCUAAAUUUUUUUGCCCUUCUGACUUAUGAAGAAAAAAGCCAUUCCAAGGGAAAUGAGAAAAAUGACAGACUAUUUUUCUCACCUCUUGGCUCGAUUCUGUUUAAUAAUGGGAUGUGAAUGCCUUGGACUAAGAAGGAGCAUUGGUAACUGACAUUUUGAAAUGUGUUUAGAAAGUAAGAGGUUGCAUUGUUUUCCUCAGUUCAAGAGCAGUGAAUACAGUGGCAUCUGAACACACCUAGAAGGCCUAGACUAUUUUUUUUUCCUAGAAAGAAACUGCAAGUUCUUUGCCAGGGCCAGAACAUAUUUUGCUAUCACCAUAAGGAUGUUCCCUCCUUGGUCAGUAAGCUGUCACUGUACAGAUCCGAGAAACUGUGAACUUAAUAAAGUUCUCCAUCACUUCACCAUCGACAGGCUUGCGACCCAGUUGUGUGACACUGUAGUUAUUUUCCCUGUGUGAUGGUUAUGCUCUGGCCCGUGAGCAUUGCUGAAGGCAUCUCUUCAUCCUGUACUGUGAUACUGGCUGCUUCCAUUCCUCUGGGCUCACUCGGCUUCGUGCUCAACGCUUAAAAUACAUAACCCCUUCUCAGCUACUUAUGCUUACACAGGGGUGACAACCCAGGUAAGUUAAAUCCUGAACAAAUGAACAACACAGGGUAAAGGAUUUCUCUCUUGCAUGGCCAACCAGAAAUCUUCUGCACUUCAUUGCUAGUAGCCAGUUUAACCCCAAAACCAGAUAUGGCGGCAGUCUUGGGACCAGACUAAGCUACACAGUAAAUUUCAGGUGAACUUGGCUACACAGGAAGACCUUGCCUCAUAUAGGAAAACAUGGGUGAGGGACUUAAAGCUGAGCGAAAUUGAGAUGGCAUCAAAUGGAGCUGAAUUCUGUAGUGUUUCUUUUCCUGUCCUCAGCCUUUGAAGGCUGCACAUGUGUCCCAACAGUCUGUUAUAAGCUGCCGAAGCUAAACCUCAUGGAGAGCUGAGUCUGCCUCACAAGUAGUUGAGACUUUACCUUGGUGAAAAAAAAAAUGAAUGAAAUGGAGAUACAGAACAUCUAGUAUCAGAGACCAAGAAACAUGAACUCUUAUUCCAUGUGUUCAUCGAUCACAUUCACUAUUGUCUGAAUAUCUUGGCCUUUUCCUAUGUGAACCCUCUAUUAAGUUAGUAGUUUUUUAAUUAAGUUUUUUAAUCCCUUAAAGGUUUUCCUUUCUGACAUAGAAAAGGCCUAGUUACAUGUUCACCAGAAAUAUAUAUGAUCACAAUUGUAUAGAAAAUAUGAUCCAUACAUUUCAAUGCCUCUUAAACAGUUGAAUUUCUUUGAAAAGUACUUGGCCUUGGGUUUUUACUUUUUAUUCUUUGAUAUUUUGUUUUCUUUGAAUUUUUUUCUAUAUUCCUAAAAUAAUGGUAUCCUGCAGAGAAUAUUAGUAUUAACCUAACUAAUAAUUUAUAUUAUUCUCUUCUUGAAGCUUCUACAUGUGGCUCUUUAAUCGAGCAUAUACUUACAGCAUUGUUUGGCUUGCAAACAUUUACUUGAUCUGUAGCUACAACCCUGUUAAAACAGAAAGCUUACAUUCUUGUCCCUUUGGGCCAUUCAUACUACCUAGAAUUCAUUUGAGAGUCCCUUCAUACUGCUUUAUGCAAACUCUAGUUUUGUUUUUCUUUUUUCCACAUGGGAGAGGUUAACAUUGGGACUGUUUAUAGCAGAAGAUUUUAUCAUGUAUCUAGACACUGUCCCAUGUAAGCAUGUUUUACAAUGCGCAGAGAUUCUCCAGAGUAGCCAUUGAGUAUCACUGUCCCACAGAUCCAUUUAGUUUCUGUGAUAGUGUUUAUAGAAUUAUUAAUCUUAGAUUUUUAAAGAAAUUGUGAAAGUCUGUCACUCUAAAUGAAAGUUUAUCUCCCAGUGAUUUUGUGCUCAAGUUUGACCAGCUCAGCUUAAAACACAAAACAGCAACUUGAAGAAGGAAAUGACAAAUGGUUUAGAAUUUGUCUUUGCAAUAGAAAAUAGGGAGAGUCUUAUAUUUCUCAAUGAAGAAUCCUGUGUAUUUGUUACAUGUCCAGUGAUUAUUUUGUUAAAGGCAAAAGUGGUCAUGUAAUGUACUAACUGUGAUUUGCUGUUUCUAAAUGUUUUAAUCAUGCCAAACAAAUCAGUCCGUGCCAUUUGGCAUCUGUUGUUAAUCUUUUACUGGGUACUUGGAUUGGGGUAAAGGGCUUGUACUAUGCACUUUUUAUUAAUGAAUAAAUAGAAAAUGUUAGUAA